AUCUUAAUUAAAAAUAAUUACUUUGAUAUUAUUAACAAAAUCCAUUAUAAAAUAAUGGAGUUUAGAUAUCAUAAAUAUUUUUGCAUCCUUCUUCCUUCCAACAGUAUAAAUUUGAUGGACAACUUGUACAUUCAUUCUAAUUAGGACCUGUACCGAAGUCACAUGAUGGAUAACAGAUAAUUUACAGCCUUGAGAUAAAAAUAUUUCUUAGUGAAACCAAUCCUGUAUUUAUAUUAGAGGAUGUAAAUGUUAUUUAAGCAUGACCAGAUGAUACAAUUUUAAAAUUCACAGUUCUAACUUAAAAAGGAAUGUUAUCACAAAAUCAAGUUAUAAUUUGAUAAUCUGAAGGGGAAGUGUAGGAAUAUGUAUAUGAAAAUGAUCCUAUUGUAAAUUAAACAUUUUCAGAUAAUCAUGUACCUUGAAAAAAUGAAUCUUUUAACACAAAAUCCCCAUCUCUGCAAUUGUUUGAGGUAUAAGUUUGAGCGGAUGGAUAUGUACUACUUAAAGUAAUGUAACUUCUUGCAGGGGUAGUACAAGUGAUAAAAUUUGCAGUAGUUGAGGUUGAGGACAAUAGAAAGUUUCCAGUAUUAUAAAAUGCGUAUAUUCCAGUUUAUUUAGUGAAUUUCGAAUCAGAG